AUGGAUUCAGCGGAACACGGCACUACCUCACACAGACAGCGGCUUACUCUCGGCUUCCUCAUUUCAUUCAUGGCUCUAUGCGCCAAGCGCGCUAGCCGGCUUUCCAAGAAGCUAAAGCCUAAACAAAACAGCUUAGCUUCCGGCACUCCGAGAUUCUACGAGCCGAAAUCGCCUCUGAAAUCUCCGCUGAGAUCGCCGAUGCCGAAGCAACUUUUGGCGACGAUAAGCCACAAAGCGAUCACGCUGGUGAACCGGAAAAAGCUCGGCGGCGGAAACGGGAAACACGUGGAGGAGGAAGAUUACGGGGACGGCGGGGUAUGGCAAAGGGCGAUUUUGAUGGGAGAUAAAUGUCAGCCGUUGGAUUUUUCGGGUGUGAUUUAUUACGAUAACAAAGGGAAUCAACUCGACGAGUUGCCUAUUCGAUCGCCGCGUGCCAGUCCUUUGCCUUCUUACCUCACCCGAAAGGGAGGCUUUGAUUAG